UCUCCAUGCACGCAGAAAAACCAUUGGGCAUAAAAACCUAUGCAAUAAUUAGAAAUAAAUUGAUUUCGAGCUUUUUAAACGGCACGGCAGCUUCGCAAACAACCAGACACACAAGACGACGGUCUGGUAACAUUUCAAGGAAAGAUUUAACUGUGAACUUCGAAGAAAAAUGAAGAGAUCUGGUUGUUUAUACAUCGCAAUACUUUGCUUGUGUUUUGUAUCUGUUCAAAGCAAGAGCUGGAAAAAUAAAGAUAAAGCAGAUAAAGGAGACAAUGGAAAAGGUUGGAAAGUUGGUCACUGGAAGAAAUUCCUUAAGCAAUAUGGAUAUACGACAUCGGAAAAGAUUAGUCCACAUGAGAUCAAGAAUGCCAUCGUCAAAUUCAGGAUUUUGUAUCAAUUUGACAACACAGUCACAGAUGAUGAUUUAGUGAAAUUUAUAACUAUUAAUCGUCGAUGUGGCAACAAAGAUAGGACAGGAAAGAAAUCGAAAAAGAAUAAAGGAAAACGCCGUGUUCGUCGUUAUGAUUUAAACCCGGCUUGGACGACAAAAAGCAUCAAGUACGCGAUUGAAAAAUACAGCAGUUCUGGUCUCACCGUACAACAGCAAAACGAUAUUGCCGCUGAAGCAUUUCAAUUGUGGGAAGAUUCUGUUCCUCAGCUGGAUUUUACUCAGUCCUCAGAGUCUGAAGCUCACAUCAAAAUUCGAUUCGAAAAAGGAAGCCAUGGCUGUGCCCAGGAUUUUGAUGGCAAGGACGGGAUCAUUGCACACGCGUACCUUCCAGAAGAUGGCCGAAUACAUUUAGACGAUGCUGAGCCGUUUACUGUCCAAAGUGACAAAGACGUGAGCCUGAAAUUGGUGUUAGUUCAUGAGAUUGGUCAUGCCCUAGGCCUGGGCCACUCCUUUGUUAAAGGAGCGAUGAUGCAUCCUGUCUACCGUGAAAACACUUCUGAAGGAACUUUGCAUGAAGAUGAUAUAAAUGGAAUGCGAAUGUUGUAUGCUCCGGAAACUGCUGCGGAUCCAAACUGCGUUGAUCAGGACCCGUCACUCUGUGCUUUCUAUAAAAACCAAGGUUACUGCGUACCAGACUUCGCAGACGUCAUGAUUGAAACCUGUCCUUACACAUGCAAUCUAUGUCAGUAAUGUUUCAUACAGCAAUGCAUAGCAAGAGAUUUUAAAUACGUAUAUUUAGAUCUAGUAAGUACAUUGCAUAAUAAUAAUAUACAUGCAUAAACACGAACGUGUACAAAAUGUAAUUUAGUGGUAUACAGAAAAUGUCUUAGUUUGCCUCAUUAUUUUCAAUGUAAAAUUAGUUCAAAUAAUAAAA